AUGAGUGAGAAACCAGAUGUGCUCGUGUCAGUCGACCUCGGCACCACUUUCACAGGUGUCGCCUGGAUGACGCCCAAGACGCCGAUACAGGUCAUCAACGACUGGCCGGGGAGCGGCGAUCGAGGCGAGCGCAAAGUCCCGACCGUCCUCACCUAUAACUCGAACGGCAGCCUGUCGAAAUGGGGCUUCAUGUGCGGGGACGAGGAGGAGAACAUGCCGGGUAAGGUACGGCGUGAGUUCUUCAAAAUCUUCAUCGACCCGGACACACUGGAGGCGUGGCAGAAGAGAGGACUCCCCAACGCGCCGCAUAACGUCGCCGAGGCCGAGAGGCUGGUGACAGACUUUAUGCGGGAGGUGUACGAGCACGUCAAGGAGUCCAUCGAGACGCAGCUGGGGCGGCGUCACUCGGGCGGCUGGACGGACAUGAGCGUCCACUUCCUUUUCAGCGUGCCGACCACGUGGACCAAGAUGGAGACGAUCAACGCCUUCAAAAGGAUCAUCCACGACGCCGGCUUCGGCGUUGAGGGGCCGCGGCACUUGGCGCAAGUCGACCUGACCGAGGCCGAGGCGGCGGCCGUCGCUACUCUCAAAACGAGCGCGGUCGACUUCCACGUGGGGAGCCUCUUCUUGACGGUGGACGCCGGCGGCGGCACAACGGACCUGGCGGUGAUGCAAAUCACCUCGACCGAUAGCAAAUACCCGCAGAUGUCGCAGAUCUCCGAGGUCAAGGGCGUCGGCAUCGGGGCAUCCCUCAUCGACGUGGCCUUCAUAAACCUGGUGAACUCGCGGCUGGCUGCGUACCCCGAGGCGCACCGCCUGCUCCCUCACAACCUGGCGUUCCGGAUGUCGAGGAGCCACCACUUCAAGACGGUAAAGCACAAAUUUGGCGAGAGGGCCUACAUGCAGCCCGUCUUCAAGAUCCAGCUCGAGGGCGUCUCGCACGACUUCAGCCACGCCGGGCUACGGAUCGUGGACGGGAGGAUGAUGUUUACCAUGCAAGAAAUCCAAGCGCUGUUCGAUGUUAAUAUCGAGGGAAUCCUCCGGUGCAUCAGGGAGCAGUUGGACAGGCUGGUCAAAAAACAGCAACCGCAAGAGAUCGAAUACAUGAUUCUGUCUGGAGGGUUGGGGGGCUCUGCGUAUGUGCGAGACAGCCUCCAGAAGCAAUUCCAGAACUACUCGCACCAGAACGCCAGCAAGGUCGCCGUGAUACCUUGCCAGGACCCUCAACUUGUCGUCGUGCGCGGUCUGCUGUUGGACCACCAGCAGAAGAUGGAGACGGGGCGGAUCUCGGUGCUCGCGACGCGCGUAGCCCGGGCCAGCUAUGGCGUGUUGAUCAAAGAAGUCUACUCGCCGCAGCAACACUUCGACGAGGAAAUACAAAACGACCAGUUUGUCCCCAAGAAGAAAUGGGCAAUGAACCAGAUACGAUGGCUCAUUCGCAAGGGCGACAGUGUCAACCCAAACUCGCCGCUGGUGCACUCGCUGGCGGUGUCACUGGCCCCGGGCGAUACGAAGAGGUCGUGGGACGCCCAAAUUGUCGUCUCCCACAACGAGACAUCAUUCUUGCCAAAGAGCAUGAAACAGGCGGGGGCAACAAAGCUGUGUGAUGUACGGAGCAACCUUACGGGAUUGCAGCAAGAACAGCUCGUGCUCAAACACAAACGGGGAACCUGCUUUUCCAAGGGAUACACGUUCUACGUGCUGAACUUUGACAUCCGGGUCAUCAUCGCGCCGGCCGACCUCCGAUUCGAGCUGUGGUUCGGCGGGCAGAAGUUCUCGGGCAACCACGAGCCGAUUGCUGUGUCGUGGGACCAGGAAGGUGUCAAGGCCGGUGAGGUGAACGGGCAAAAGAGAAACACGGGUUUUGGAAUGUCGCCUGCUGGCUAG